GCAGGCAGAGGGAGAGAGCGUGUGUGUUUUACUCAGAGUAAGUGGAGAGAGAGAGAGCGCCACUCGACCUGCUCUUUUAUACCGGCUAUUUUUGGGCGCUCUACCUCCAUCCUGAACGCCGUUUCCUCCGCUCGCACAAUUGGUCCAGCAGCGGGGUUUAUAAGGGAGGAGGGUUUUACCUGCCACACACUCGCUGCCCGCUCAGGACGCUGGAGCAGCACAGCUUUAUGGGAAAGAAAACGAACUCUGGAUCAGACGUGUAUUAACAGUUUUUUUUGACGAGGAGAGCGGUGUAUUUUACGCUCACACAAAAAAGAGGGUUUUUUUUUUAAAGUGUAACUUUGACGUUUUGGAAAAUGGCUUUACCUGGGACCAUUUUGCCUUCUAUUUCUACAUUCGCAGGACAGAAGGAGAAACUUUGGGAAAGUAGGUGGAUUGGAGAAGUGGAGAAACCGCUGGCGUGCGCGGUACCGAGCGUGGAUUCGUGCCGUGCCAGAAAGGACGACGAGGAUCUGAGCGAUUUCUUGGAUCUGGAGUUUAUUCUGGCCAACACGACCGGUCCUGAGAGCGUGGUGGGACCAGUGGACUAUAAUUCAACAGUGGAGCACUGCAGCAUGUACCAGACAGGGAGCGCGUACGUGCCGCCUCCACCACCGUACUCCCACAGCCUAGUGGCGGAACUGUUGCACUCCGAAGCGGACAACACGUACGGCAUGAGCACAACCACCACCACCACCACCAGCAGCAGCAACAGCAUCGGGAUUCAGGGCCGGUUCGUGGUGAACUCCGCGCCUUUCCCGAGGCAGGACUUCGUCGAGGGGAUCAAAGUUGAGCCGUGCGCGGACGGCUACGGUCCCGUGCUGGGGAUGGUGCCACAGAGCUGCCACCGGAUCAAGCAGGAGGGCAACGUAUCGUGCGCGAUGCCCUUUGACCAGCCGAGGCUCGCCGUCUCUCCGCAAGCAGCGGGGAACAUGACGCCGCCGCUCAGCCCGGACGACCAGGCGCGUUGUCACACGCAGAUCUGCCGCACCACUUUCCCGCAGAACGGCUACUACGCAAGCCACGCGCCUCUCCCGCAGCAGCAGCAGCAGCAACACCAGCAUCAGCAGGUGCCGCUGGCCUACGCGGGAGCGCGCGCAUACGCAGGCAUGUUCGAUGACGGCCUCGGUAUGGUGCAGCCCGGUGCGCCGCGCGCGCUCCUCACUCCGCCGUCCUCACCGCUCGACCUGCUCGAGUCCAAGCCGAAGCGCGGGCGACGCACCUGGCCGAGGAAGCGCGCGGCCACGCACACCUGCACGUUCGCUGGAUGCGGCAAGACGUACACCAAGAGCUCGCACCUCAAGGCGCAUCACCGAACUCACACCGGUGAGAAGCCGUACCACUGCAACUGGGAAGGCUGCGGCUGGAAGUUUGCCCGCUCCGACGAGCUCACACGUCACUUCCGCAAGCACACCGGUCACCGACCCUUCCAGUGCCACCUGUGCGAGCGCGCCUUCUCCCGCUCCGACCAUCUGGCGCUGCACAUGAAGAGGCACAUGUGAGAGACACACACAAGACAAACGGCAAAAAAGCCAAAGCCUUAUUACUGCCUUAUUUAAGUCCUUUGUACAAGACCAAAAGACUGUUUUGUUAUUAUUAUUUUUUUUUUUUGGGUCGAUAAAGAUUUAUAUUGUUCUUUAUACUUUUGUAACAAUGUAGCUGGUACUACGUGGGAUUUAUAGAGCAGGCAGUUAAGCGCUGCAUAAGUGUUUUGGGGACAAACAGCAACCUGCAGGGCUGGUCCUAUAAUAUAUAAAAUCUCUAUAUCUCUAUAUAUAGCUCUGUUGAAACUGGAAACAAUGUGUAAGUUUAACAUGGUGCCUUUAUAGUGAUGAAUUUAGCAUGCAUGCUGUGCUGCCAGGAUUGUGCACAACGUGACAUCCUGAAAUCAUGCGUGAUGACAAUGUUUUCCUCUUGAAACUGCCUCCAAAUUGUUCUAAGGACCAGAACUGUGCGUUCACUCAAGUUUGAUACAUUCUCAGCCAUUUGGUUUUCAUGGAAGUAAGAUAUUUUCUAGAUGUUGUAUCAUGAAGGUACAAUAACCUGUUCAAGCCCCAUUGUACACUAGCACAUACACCAGGGCUAGACGCUCUGCAUUAUUUUUUUUUUUAAAGAAUGUGUACAUACGUUUUAUAUUGUAAGUAUUGUAUUUAUUGUACAUAUUAAACUAAAUUUGAAUAUA